AUGCGACUUCCUGACGGUAGGACCUUGGGGUAUGCCGAAUAUGGUCCUGAAACAGGCUAUCCAUUGAUGUUUCUCCAUGGCUACCCCCAGUGCCGCUAUGAGGGCUCUAUCAUGGAGGACAUUCUUCAUCAACGCGGGAUUCGUAUGAUUGCCCCCGAGCGACCAGGAUUCGGCCUAUCAACAGAACAACCCAAUCGACGUAUCAUGGAUUGGCCUGCCGACGUUCAAGCCUUGGCUCGUCAUCUUAGUCUCUCCCGCUUCGCCCUGAUGGGCGGUUCUGGUGGUGGUCCCUACACAUUGGCGUGCGCGCAUGCGAUUCCCCACGAAAUGAUGUCCGCAGUCGGUAUUCUCGCUGGAGGAGGAAAUUGGAAAGCUGGGGCACAUCAUAUGCCUUGGGUAUAUCGGAUAUCAGCCCUUGCGGCAAAGUACUGGCCGGCUGGAUUACGAGGUUCAUUGAGCAUUGUGAUUUGGAUGCUUAGGAACGGACUGACUUCACGAAGGGGGACUCGGUGGCUUGAUGGGUAUUUGCAAAAGAAUCAGGACAAGCAUUCCAAGACAAUUGAAGAGCGAAGAAUGGAGAUUCUUCGCGCUUUGUUUGAACCCUUUAAACAGGGCUCUGGCCCUGCAGCAUACGAAGCAAAAUUAUUAUCACAAGACUGGGGCAUUGAAUUUGGAGACAUGACAUACAACAACCUUCAUAUCUGGCAUGCAGGGAAAGAUUGGAAUUCACCGCUGCCGAUGACAGAGUACUACGUCAAGAAAUUGACUAAAAAUCCGUCGUUCAAGGUUUACGAGGAUGAUACACACUGGACGAUCCAUAGGCAUCUGGAUGAGAUGCUCUCGGAAUUGAUACCUGAGAACACUAUGACGAAAGCCUAA